CUACUGUGUAUCAUCCUUGAGUACGUAACGCCGCUGGCUCUCACAGCCAAGGCCAGCUGAUAGUUUUCUGUGCCAACAUUUGAAACGCUCGUGAUGAUUCAAAUGGAGGACUGAUCGAUUGGUGAGAAUCCAACGGAAUUCUCUUUCUCGCGUUUCUCGUUCAAACGGAAGGAAGGCAACGCAACGGCAUGUUUCGUCGGUAACACAUGGGGAAUACGAGGUACAAAAGAUACAAGGUGUUUUAUUUGAAUGUUGCCCCGUUUUCGCGUCAAUUUUACUUUACUAAAUACCGUGUGGUGGGUAGAGUUUCUAUAGGGGAAAAAAUCGAUGUUGAAAAUUAAGUUGGGGAACAAGUGAGACAGUGGUGUGUGCGAGUGAAUUUUUUUACAGUUUUCUGAUAUUUUUUAUAAGUCGCAAAUACAGGCUGCAUUUUUUUUUAACUUGUUAUGGACGGUGGCGUUAAGAAGACCAGAAAUCCAAAUCCUAGAGAAAAUGCAUUUCCAUUAUCUGCAGCAACUUUUUGUUACACGAUUCCCACCUUCAUUCGCGGAUUCAAACGCGACUUGGAAGAAGCCGAUUUGACGGAAACGCUGAAAGAGCACAAAUCUGCUUAUCUAGGAAACAAAGUAGAGAGAUAUUGGAAAGAUGAAGAGGAACGGGCGAGAAAAAAGAAAUCCACUCCGUCCUUGCAAAGAGUGCUCUUGCGAGCUUUCGCUUGGGAGUACAUUGCGUUGGGAGUAGUUUUAGUCAUAUCAGAAGCUGUAAGAUUAUCACAGCCCAUAAUAUUAGGACGGUUAGUGAGAUAUUUCGAUGUCCAUUUUCGAAGACCCUCAAAAGCUACAUUCUUCAACUAUAACGGUACUACUGGGCUACAAAAUGAUAACGAAACCGUGGUACAACCAAUCCUUCUCGGUCGUAUGCUGAGGUUUUACUCCAGAAACGAUUAUAUCAGCGAAGAAGAUGCUUAUUACUACGCAGCCGGAGUUGUAUUAUGUUCCCUCAUCAACGUACUAUGUGUUCAUCCGUACAUGUUGGGAGUUUGCCACAUAGGCAUGAAACUAAGAGUCGGUUGCUGUUCUUUAAUCUACAGAAAAGCUCUGAGGCUUAGCAAAGUCGCUUUGGGCGAAACCACGGCUGGACAGGUGGUGAACCUUUUGUCCAAUGACGUGAACAGAUUCGAUUUGGCUGUGCUGUUUGCUCAUCAUUUAUGGUUGGGUCCAGUUGAAACGAUUAUUUGUACUUAUUUUAUGUACUUGGAAGUUGGAGUAUCUGCUAUUAUAGGAGUUUGCGUAUUGGUAUCUUUUGUGCCUCUACAAAUGUACAUUGGAAAAAAAAUCUCAGUUUUACGACUUAGGACAGCUCUAAGAACAGACGAAAGAGUGAGAUUAAUGAAUGAAAUACUUUCUGGCAUACAAGUCAUAAAAAUGUACGCCUGGGAAAGACCGUUUGCUCAUCUAGUAGCUCUAGCAAGAAGGCACGAAAUCCAAUCAAUCAGACAUACAUCAUUCCUUCGGGGGAUAUUUCUCUCUUUCAUAAUGUACAGCACCCGAAUGGCUUUAUUCGUCAGCGUGUUAGUCUACGUCCUGUCCGGUUACGAUAUCACGGCGGAAAAAGUCUUCGUCCUGACGUCCUUCUACAACGUCCUGCGACAAACCAUGACCGUAUUUUUCCCGCAAGGGAUCGCGCAAGUUGCUGAAGCUAGGAUGUCGGUAAAGCGAUUGAAUACGUUUAUGCUGUUCGGCGAAAUCCAAUCAGUGAAAUCGUCAACUUUUAAUGAAAAACAAGCUGAUGGUGAUAAAAGUGCGGAUUUAAGUAAAUCGUCGAACGGUAUCGAAAAGAGCGAGAGAAGGGGAGAGUUGGGAGUGUUUUUGACCAACGCUACGGCCAAAUGGAGUGAAAUGUCCGUAGAUAAUACGUUAACUAAUAUUAAUAUUAAGGUAUAUCCAGGACACCUACUUGGAGUGAUAGGCCCGGUGGGCAGCGGCAAGAGCUCUUUAUUCCACGUGAUACUCCAAGAAUUACCUCUCGUAGAGGGAACCCUCAAAGUAAACGGGGCGAUCAGCUACGCUUCGCAGGAACCGUGGUUAUUCGCUGGUAGCGUUAGACAGAACAUCCUCUUCGGCCAACCUAUGGAUAAACUUCGUUACAAGACUGUCGUGAAAAAAUGUGCCUUAGAAAGAGACUUCAGUCUCUUGCCUUACGGAGAUAAAACGAUUGUCGGCGACAGGGGAGUGUCGCUUAGCGGUGGACAGCGGGCUAGAAUAAAUUUAGCUAGGGCUGUUUAUAAACAGGCUGAUAUUUAUCUAUUAGAUGAUCCUUUGUCUGCUGUGGAUACUCACGUUGGAAAAGAAUUGUUCGAGCAGUGCAUUACUGGUUAUUUGAAGAAUAAAACAGUUAUUUUGGUCACGCAUCAGAUUCAAUAUUUACAAGAAGUUGAUCAUAUUUUGUAUUUGGAAGAUGGCGUAGCCAGAACAGGUACGUUCAGGGAACUCCAAUCUAGCGGUCUGGACUUCACGCAGUCCCUAGGCGAUUCAAAUCAAGAAGAAGAACCAACCAACGAAACGGAACUGGGACGUCAGUUGUCCGUGAGGAGCAUCGCUUCGGUAGAAGUCGAAGCUCCGCAAACGGUAGAAGAGCAAAAAAGUACCGGUACAAUCGGUGGUUAUGUCUACAAUGCUUAUUUCAGCGCCGGAGGAAAUUGCUGCGUUAUCUUCAUUUUCUUUUUCUUGUUCAUCGCAGCUCAGCUUUUUUCAAGCGCUUCUGAUUAUUACUUGACCUACUGGGUGAACUUGGAGCAGCAAGACAACGCACUGAACGCCACUCUCAACGCAUCAAACCCAACUACAACAAGUACAACUUCUUCUUAUGAUUUUUGGCAUUUCUCCAGACAGACGUCCAUCAUCAUCUAUUCCGUCAUAAUAAUUUUGCUCGUCGUUGUAACCAUGGUCCGAUCGUUCACGUUUUUCAUAGUGUGUAUGCGCGCUUCCACGAGAUUGCACGAUAAUAUGUUCACCAGCAUUACUAGGGCUACUAUGCGGUUCUUCAACACCAACAGUUCCGGAAGGAUUCUGAAUAGAUUUUCCAAAGAUAUGGGUUCAAUAGACGAGUUGCUGCCGCUGGCUUUGAUUGAUUGCAUGCAAAUUGGUUUGGCACUGCUUGGUAUUAUUGUCGUCGUCGCAGUGAUUACGCCGUGGUUGAUGAUUCCUACUUGCUUGAUCGGAAUCCUGUUCUAUCUUCUAAGGAUUUUUUAUUUGAGGACCAGCAGGAAUAUCAAAAGGCUGGAAGGAACUACCAGAAGUCCGGUAUUUUCUCAUUUGAACGCAUCGAUUUUGGGUUUAACGACAAUAAGAGCAUUCGAAGCCGAGGAAAUAUUGAUGCAAGAAUUCGACAAUCAUCAAGACUUACACAGUUCAGCUUGGUUUUCGUUUAUAUCAACUUCUAGAGCGUUCGGAUACUUUUUGGACUUACUCUGUAUGGUGUACAUAACGCUUGUUACAUUCAGUUUUCUUCUAUUAGGCAAUGAAAAAUUCGGUGGAAACGUAGGUCUAGCCAUAACUCAAGCAAUUGGUCUAACCGGAAUGUUCCAAUGGGGCAUGAGACAAUCCACAGAGUUGGAAAAUCAAAUGACAUCAGUGGAAAGAGUUUUAGAGUACAACGCAAUAGAAAUGGAAGGCCAACUUGAGUCCGAUCCAGACAAAAAACCCAGACCAACCUGGCCAGAAAACGGAAGGUUGGAAUUCAGGCAGAUCUUCUUGAAAUAUUUUCCGCAAGAUCCGUUCGUUUUGAAAGAAUUGAAUUUCGUGGUGGAACCCAAACAAAAAGUCGGCAUAGUCGGACGGACAGGAGCUGGAAAAUCAUCGCUCAUAAACGCUUUGUUCCGACUUACUGACACUAUCGGGGAUAUUUUAAUAGACGACGUUAAUAUACGUUAUAUCGGUCUUCACGAUUUACGUUCCAAAAUAUCGAUAAUCCCACAGGAGCCUGUUCUGUUUUCCGGAACGAUGAGGAAGAAUUUAGAUCCGUUUGAUGAGUUUACGGAUGCCGACCUAUGGAAAGUCCUUGAAGAAGUAGAACUGAAAGAAGCCGUGGAAAACCUUGUAGCAGGUCUCAAUUCUAAAAUGUCCGAAGGCGGAUCGAAUUUCAGCGUAGGGCAAAGACAAUUGGUCUGUUUGGCUAGAGCAAUCCUAAGAAACAAUAAACUUCUCGUCCUGGACGAAGCCACGGCUAACGUAGAUCCGCAGACAGACUCUCUGAUCCAACAAACCAUCAGAACGAAAUUCGCUGCUUGUACAGUGCUCACCAUAGCGCAUCGGCUAAAUACAGUGAUGGAUUCUGAUAAAGUUAUGGUUAUGGAUGCUGGUACGAUGAAAGAGUUUGAUCAUCCGUACUUAUUAAUGGAAAAUCGUCAGAGCAUUUUCUAUAGCAUGGUUCAACAAACCGGGAAAACCAUGGCUGAAACUUUGUACCAAGUAGCGAAAAAGAGUUACGAGAAUAAACAGAACUAGCACUUUUUAGCGAAUGAAUGUUUUAGUCAAAUUUUUAAAACGAGCAUUGGCCAAAGAAGUGCAAAAUUAUUGCGAUCACUCUUUGGAACUUAUUAGCAUCGGUACUUAUACUGUACUUUGGCCAGUACUUGUAAAAUAAUUCAUCGUCUACUUCUUUUCAUUUUGUAAAAUCGUCAAUAAAGGCAAAAAACUCAAUGUACAGAAUAUUAGAUGUUUGAGAAAGAAUUACCUGCUGCGAUUUGAACGUUUAAUCCAAAUUCUGAAUUUUUCAUGUUAAAAAUGUUGAAUUUCCGGUAACUAAAUAUAUUUUUUAUUUAUAUUUUUGCUGGUUUUAAUUUGAAACGAUGAAUUAAAUAGUUCCUUUUACACUAAAAACCUGAGAUUUUAUUUUUAUAGAGAGUUUUAUUAAAGGUUAAUAAAAUUUGUUUGUAUGUAAUAAAUGUAAAUAAAAAUU